AGUCCAGACAUAGCAGCACAAAAGCACAGAGAGGCAGCAGACGCCUGGAGGUACAGCCAACGGAAGCAUCAGCGGUUCCCCCCCUGAAAACAUCAGCACCACAGCCACGAGAUCAGACCAGACUGACCAAAGAGCUUCAGAGGGCACUCAGAGGAGAUAAGACAAAAGAGACAAAGAUGCCUUUCUGCACCGUCCUGGAAAAGCGUAAUGGUGUGGUGGUGGGAGCCGAGCUGGUCUGCAGCGUACGAGAGGAGAACAAGGCUCAGAGGGAGAGUUACAGCGCCGACUGGCACAGCAUCAGCCUCAAAACCCAACCUGAGGACAGACAGACAAUGACAAUGAAGGACGAGUCUCGUAGGGAGACCCUGUCCCGGCAGUGGUGGUCCCGUCCUCUGGUCCAAACCUGUCCCUCUGGGGUCUACAGAGUGGGCACUUUGGAAAGAGGUGUGAGGGAACAUCAGCUUCUGCCCAAGAGGAACACCCUCCCCCUGCCUAUCUUCACCCCCAGAGAGCUGGGCGUCAGGCUGGGACGUGGAGACCCCCACACCGAGGAGGACCUGCGACCCGUCCCCCCGCCCGUCAAGAGGAGCGUGGUCGAGAUCACCAGAGACCUCCCUCCGGUCAAGCCCAUCCUCAUGGAAUUCGCCAAAGACCCCAAAACUCUGGGCCGGUCCGUGUCCCAGGAGGCCCAGAGAGGGUGAAAAACAAGAGGGAGUGGGGAUGUUAGGGAGAGACGAGAGGGACGAUAGACCGGACAGAGUAAGAAAAGAGCACAGAUUGUUGGGGAAGAGCAUGACAAGACAAAUAUACAGGGUUUCUGCAGGUUUCAACAAGUAACAUUAAGACUUUUCAGGACUUAUUUAACACUAGUGCUUCAUGGCAAAAACAAAACAAAGGAUAUGAAGGAAAAUCUGUGUUCUAGAAAGUAAAUGAAUGAGCUGAACAUCUACAAGUACAUAUUUUUUUGUCAUUUCAGCCCACACUCUACAUCAUUAAUGCUCAUCUGUAUUGUUAGAACAUAAUGAACACUGAGGUUCAUGUCAAAACUAUACAGUAUUAACCUCCUGAGACUCGGAAAAGUAAAGGUUUUGGCUUUUUUACACUAAAUAAUAAUCUUGACUGGAAACAACAUUUUUUCCAGAUACAUUUUAAUUUUUUUAUGGAAUGUCCUCUGCAAUGGACACUUUUUUGGUGUAAAUCUGUGAAACUCAAAACAAAAAUGCAUUGCCAGGUCUCAAUAGGAACCUGCUGAAACCCUGAUAUAGAUUUAGUCCUAGUUCCAUUCUUCAUAACUCCUACUGUAGUUUCAUAGCUCUAUUUGUGUUUCUUGUCAAGCUCAGCACCAGCUAAAUGCCACACUUUAUCAUUGUUGGCAUUUACUGGCCAAAGACUGGAAAUGUGUAUGUGAAGGCAUUCUGUUGAGGCGGUUUGUGAGUUUUCAGAGGCUGCUCAUCUAUCAGUCAGUACUAAAAAAAAUCCUCAUAAAGGUAAAGGAAAGUUUUAUUUAGAUUCAUGGGGUUUACCUGUAAGAGUUGGCAAAACAGAAGGUGACAGAACAGGAAAGUGCAUAAGAAAGCAUCGUGAGUAAAGAAGAGGAUUGGAAACAGAGCUAGGAGGGGGCGGGGCUAUGGGGUGACAAGCCUUGAAGCUGGUCACGCUCCGGUGUCUGAUCUCGGUGAAGAGCACAUAAUGCCCAGGCAUGAUCACACGCUUCAGCUGUACAUACGCCUGUUGACACCUCGCAUCAUGAGGACUGAGCUGUUCUUUACUGCCUAUUAGCCAAGACUUACAUACUUGAUAGACAGACAGAUACUUUGUUAGCUGAGUACCUUGAACUUGCUGUGUAAAAGAUUUUUAAAUGUGUGAGAUAAUGUUAUAUUUUUUCAUAGAUAUGAUAUUUAUUAAAUUUAAUAAAUUUGCUAAUAAAAGCCUAUUUGUC